UAAAAGAUAUAUAAACAAUAACUAUCGUAAACAAAUUGUCUAUGAUAAGACAUUUGAAAGAAACUCGAAAUCGUUCAUAGUAGAUGUAUUCGAUAAUGUUCAAAGUGCUUAUUCAAUUAAUAGAGAUAAUGACGAUAUGGGACCAGAAAAGGCUCUAGAUGGAAAUUUGAUGACUUGUUUGAAAACAAAAACUGUUAAUGAUCCAAAACAAUUAAGUGUUUAUUAUCCUUGGUGGUCAGUGGAUACGGAGAAUAUUGAUACAGCUCUUUCUUGGGCGAGAAUUAUGUCAGAUUCCUUUGAUUAUGAGCAUCUCGUAAUUGGAAUGUCUAAGAGGUUACCGGGAAAUGAUUGGCCUAACACUGGUAGUUUAGAUUUCAAACCGUGCUAUGACUAUGUCAGUCGAAAUAAGACAAAACAAGUUGAUCUUACUUGCGAACAGGUGUCAAAAGGACAAUAUUUACUUCUUUACGCUCCAUAUAGGCCUUUCUUAAAAAUUUGUGAAAUUUUAGCCUACACAAACUCAGCAUCUCUGCAAGAUAUAGCUAAAAGGGAGUCUAAACAGCCUAGAAAAAGUUUACAAAAGCUGUUAGAGGGUAUUGUCAUAUCGAAAGAAAAGAGUGAAGAUAAUGAAUCAUCAAAUUUAAUUACUGAAGAAGCUCUAUUACGAAAUAAUAAUAAUUUUAUCAAAUCAAUGAAUGAGGGUGACGAAAACAUCAAUAGAAUUUUUAUGACGAAAUCACUAUUAAAUAAUCGAGGCGAUGACGUUCAUGGUGCUAUUUUAGCAAUUGAUGGCCUUUUAUCAACUUGCUCCUUGACUAUAAAUACAAAUCCAAUGUGGGCGGUAGAAUUGGGAAGAAUUAUUACAAUUGAAAGAGUGUUAAUUGUUAAUAAUGAUAACAGUUUAAAAAAUAUAAAUGUUAAUCUCACUCAGAGAAUACCUAUCCGUAAUAUUCAAUUUUCUAAAAGAUGUUUUGUGAAGAAUGUUACAUCUAAACAACAGAUCUCGUUUGUUAAUGAAACUUGCCAAAGAGAGAAUGGCGAAUAUCCUUCGGAUUUAAAUAAAACUAAUAAUCAGCUAAAUGAAUGGAAAAAUAAAUGGGAGUAUGAAAAUUUAGCAACCAAUACAGUUACAUAUCAAUCGUCAACUCAUGGAGGUUUAAAAGCUUUAAAUCUGUAUAGUUUUUAUGGUCCUAAAAAUGCUAUAGAUGGUUUGGAGAGAACUUGCGCAAAAACAAGCGAAUUGGCAACAGUUUAUAAAAUAUGGUGGGCAGCGGAUAUGAGAAGAGUACAGGAAAUAGAUCGUGUUGUCAUUGUAGGAGAAGAUGUAGGCAGCUUUAAAGAAUUAACUGUAGGCGUCUCUAAAAGAUUACCGAAAGAUAAUCAAUGGAAGAAGAUAAGAAUGGACCGCUGUUUUCAUUUUCGAAAUGUUAGCGGUAGUAAAUUUAUAAUCAACAAUUGCGAAAGACCAAUUUCUGGAAGAUAUUUUAUUAUAACAUCUGAAAAAACACCCUUAAAGAUAUGCGAAUUAGCUGUUUACAGCAGAUUGACAAACUUUACUGGUUUGAAUCUUUUUAAAUGA